UUGGUUCUGUAUAACUGUGCAAUGAGGAAAGUAGCAAAGAGAAAGGGUGGUUCGAGAGCAGGAGGUCGCAAAGGUACUGUUGCGGAGACUCAAAACGAUGAGGCCAUGAUGGCUGAGUCUCUGGAGAGUCAUCUGCAUCAGGAAGAAAUCGUCGAGGAGAAGGAGAAACAGAACGGGGAAGAGGCCAAGGCAGAUAAGGAUGGCGGAGAAACCCACGAAGAGGAAGAAGUUCCGGUGAAACCUGAUUCCCUCAUGCAGGACGAUGAUCAGGUCAAAGAUGCAACUCCUUCUCAUUCUCAGCAGCACAAUGACGAUAAGGCCGAGAAAGUGAAUGAGGAUAAGAAGAAGAACCCUGCUCGUCGUGGUGGUAAGCGAAAGAGGACCACGAACAAGGAAACUGAGAUUAAUGAUGGCAAGGAACCGGCUCUGAGAGCUAAGAAAUCCAGAGCAACCAAACCACAGGAAGAGCCUGAAUACUUCGAGGAAAAGCGCAAUCUGCAAGAUUUGUGGAAGGCUGCAUUUCCUGUGGGAACCGAGUUUGAAAAUGUAGAUGCGGUUUAUGAAUUCAAUUGGAAUUUCAAACAUCUUGAAGAAGCAUUAGAGGAAGGAGGAAUGCUCUAUGGGAAGAAAGUCUAUGUUUUUGGCAUUGCAGAACCUAUGUGGACCUCAGACAAGAUGGUCCAUGUCCCAACCAUUAUUGUUAUUGAAUCACCCUUUCCACCUUCUGAAAAGGUAGCAAUCACAUCGAUUCAGAGAGUGGCGGAAAUCGUUCCAAUGCAAAAGAAGUGGGUACCUUACAUUCCUUAUGAAAAAAGAGACAGACAAGUUGAUAGGAUGAACUCUCAAAUCUUUAGCUUGGUCUGUACGCAGAGGAGAUCUGCUCUCAGACAUAUGAAAGAAGAUCGUGUUAAGAAGUUCGAGUAUUGCAUUCCUUAUUUCUAUGAUCCAUUUAAGGAAGAUGAACUUGAAGAGAGUACUGUGGUCGAUAUAUUGUUCCCCUCCGAACCGCCGGUUGUAUGUGAAUUUGACUGGGAGGUUCACAGACUUGAGGAAUUUGUUGAUGAAGUGGCUCUAGAGGAAGGAUUAUCUGCGGAACAAAAGAAAGAAUUCAAUGAAUUUGUCAAAAAUCGCGUUCGAGCAGCAAAGAGAGGCAUUCGAGAGGCAAAGGAUGCUCGAAUGAAAGCAAUAGCAGAAAUGACUGAAGAGACUAAGCAAGCCUUUCAAAACAUGAAGUUCUACAAAUUCUACCCUCAGACUUCACCAUGUCUCUAUAGACAUAAUCAAGUUGCCUUUCAUUAACCGAUACUACGGGAAGGCUCAUCAAGUCCUUUGAUAUGGAAUCCUCAGAGCCCAGAGUAGCAUUUCCUGGCGGCUUCAACAGUGCUCUCAGAAACUCUUUAUGCUUUUAUAGUUAAAAAAUCCAAGCUUGGACUACAAGUUACAAUUUUUUGUUUGCAUCUCCUUUCACAUGAGUUGUAAUUUGCUAUCCUCUGUUUGAAAAGGGUUGAUUUUGGGUAAUAUAUUUAA